AUGGGUUCCAUAAUCAAUAUCAGCAAUGUGAGUGAUAUUAAGCCUUACAAACCUGAAUGGAGGGUCGAGGUCAAAGUUCUUCAUAAGUGGGUUUCUUUCAGUCUCCAGUAUGGUGCUUCUAUUGAGAUGGGUGUAAAAAUCCAUGCCAGCUGCAGACAAUCUCUGAUGCCAAAACUUGAGACUAUAUUUCGUGUUGGUGAAUGGAUAGUUGUUACUAACUUUGCAUUAGUUACAGCUUUUGGUUUAUACAGGACGACCAGCCACCUCUACAAGAUGGUUUUCAGAAAUGAGACUACAAUAACUGAUUCAAGUCUACACUGUGACAACAUGUUCCUAGAUCUCUAUGAUUUUGAGAACAUGUUAAACGGUUCCCAUGACACAAGAUUUCUUAUUGAUGUUAUGGGUGAAGUCUUAGAUCUUGGUGUGUUUAACAAUGUUCAAAAUGGAAGAACCGAAGUAAACAAAGUGGAGUUUACUCUUAGAGAUAUCAAGGAUAAUCGUAUCCAUUGUUGCAUUAUGGGAAGAUCAGCUCAUAUUUUGGCCGAUGAUGCCCAUAAACUAAACAAUGGAGAUAUCUGUUUAAUCAGAUUUGCUAAACUUCAAAACCUAGCUGGAAAAAUUCAAGUAUCAAAUGCUUUUGAUUGCUCAUUGGUUUUGAUAAACCCAUCUAUAGAGGAAGCACGAGCACUGAAUAGAAGGUUUAAUGGUGAUGAAAGCUCUGGUGUUAAAACAAUUAUUCACCAAGCUGCAAGUGACAAGAUUGAAAUACAGAAUAAGCGCCACAAAUGGUCUCAAUCUCCAUUCAAUACCAUUCAUGAGAUGAUACGAACAGCUAAGGGUGAACACUGCAGAGUCAUUUGUACUAUUUAUGCUAUUGAUACAAUGACUGGAUGGUACUAUUUUGCUUGUGUGGUGUGCAACAAUAAGGUUUCCAAAUCACGAAUUGCAUUUGAUGAACUAGAUGUGCAAAAAUGGUGGUGUGAAUUUUGCGAGUGUAGUGUUCUGAAGGUUUCGCCAAGAUUCAAUUUGAAUUUGCUUGUGCAAGAUCUCACUGGUGAAUCGAAAUUCAGUCUGUUAGAUUCUGAAGCUACUUACAUUGUAAAAUCUUCUGCAGCUAAAGUCCUAAAUGGUUGUUUGGAUGAGAAUGAAAUGAAAGAUAUCUUGCCAUCUGCAAUCGUGGACAUUGUUGGCAAAACUUAUGGUUUUGGGAUUUCGGUUGAUGAUAAUAAUGGUUCUCUUGGAAUUCAGUUCAAUGCCAUAAAAGUUUGGAAUCUUAAUGAUAUAAUGUGGAAGAGAAUCAAGUCACUUCAUCAAAUGUCUACCAGUUCAAGGAAGAAGCGAUGCAUAAUUUUAAAUGAGGUUGAAAACAAAGACUUUCAGGGAGAUGAAGACCAUAAAAGUGGCUGA